UGGAACAGGUAGAUUAAAGCCAGAAGCAACUACAUCGACACUCUUAUUAUGGCCUUUAGAAGUUAAACAGAGAAUGAUUGAUCGUGGUGAAACAACUGCAUCUGAUCCAAAUGAAAUAGAUCAUGCUUCUUGUUUGAAUUAUGUUCAGAGAGUACUACAAAAAUUUCGAAACCAAACUGAACAUUAUCAAGCUCAAUUGAAAGAAAGAAAAAAACGUUUAAACAAUUGUUGGACAUGUGAAAUCGGAGAAGAUACUACUAAAUUUGUUCAACAACAUGUCACACCUAUAUAUAAAGUACCUACAGAAGAACAAAUUGCUAUCGUUCAAUAUGAUUAUAAUGAUCGAUUGAUUCAAUUAGAAUAUUAUCAACAAAAUCCAAAUGAAUAUCAAAAACAAAUAUUUGAAAAUCUUACUCAAGCCAAAUAUGAAAAAGAAACAGCUAAAUUUGAUGUAGCUAUAUUAAAACAACGUAUUGUUUAUAAUCAUUUACCAACAUCAUUUCAUACACUUCAAAUACCUGUGCCCAUAUCAUUAGAUACAAUUAUCGAUACGAUGACUCGUCAACGUUUAAAGGAUCGAUGUGAGAAAAUUUUACAACGGACGAAAUCUGAAAUGAUGAUGAUUUAUAUUGCAACAGCCGAAGCAAAAAUGAAUGAAUAUCAAAAGAAAUUCGAUAGUGACUUGGCUAAAAUGAAAGAAAAUCAAUGUUCUGACUCAUCACAUAAAAAAUUAACUCAAACAAUAUUAAAUAUUAUGGAACGACGUUUUAAGAAUAUUAAUGAACGUCUUAUAUAUCUUUGCAAAUUAAAACUAAGUUUUUUCGUCAAAGCUCUGACGGUCAUGAAUUAG